CGCGAUCAUGUUGGGGGUAUUCAGCUCCAUCCCGACCCAGAUGGACUUCAAGGGUCAAAAACUCGCUGAACAGAUAUUCCAGGGCAUCAUCCUCUUCUCUGCGGUUCUGGGCUUUCUCUAUGGGUACGUGAUUGAGCAAUUCGGUUGGACCGUGUAUAUCGUUAUCGCUGGAUUCGCCGUCUCUUGUUUGCUGACCCUGCCCCCCUGGCCCAUGUACCGCCGACACCCGCUGAAAUGGCUGCCAGCGCAGGACGGGGCCCAGGACGAGAAGAAGCAAACAGAGAAGAAGCCCAAGAAGCACAAAUAGCCUGGGGGCGUGGCUUCCGGGAGGGACCGCCUGCGACCAAAUCUGGCGAAUGGACUUGAGCCAGGGAGUUGGGGAAAGCUUUCUGCUAAGCAGAACAUUGGCAGUGGCGGGGGGGCCACGGGUUUCUUGUGUCCAAUAAAUACAUUGUCAGAA